AUGGUCAAGCUCGUCGAGAUCUUGUCGGCCGAGGCGCGCCGCGCCAAGCACACGACGGAAGACGACAGCGACGACGACACGCUGCGGACGGGCGUGCGCGUCCACGCGUUGGAGGGCGCCGUGGCGACGCUCGCCGAUUUGGGCCCCGCGGCGACCGUGCGCGACCUGCGCCGCGCCGUCGCGCGCGCCGUCGGCGUGGCCGCGGCGGACCAGCGGCUCUACGCGUCGGCGGCGGGCCGCCUCGAGCUGGUCAAGGACGACGACGCGACGCUGCUGGACGCGGGCGUCUGGCUGCCGGACGAACCCCGCGGCGCGGUGCACCUGCGGAGCGCCGCGUACGAGCGGCUCCAGCGGCAGCUCGCGACGGCGACGGGCGCCGUCGAGCAGCUGCUCGAGCAGCGCUACGGCCCCUUCCACGCGUCCGUCAGCAGCGUGCGCACGACCGCGGCGCAGUACCAAACGUUACGUAAACUCGCCGCCGACGCGAAGACGUCCGUCGACGCCUGCCGGGCGCAGCUCGGCCUCCGGCGGCCCGUGGAGAUCGACGGCCUCGCGGACCGCGCGGAGGCGGAGCCCGCCGGCGCGCGCGUCCUCGAGCACUGGGAGGCCCAGGUCGAGGCCGAGGAGGCGCUCCGGCUGCUGGCCGAGCUGAGACCUCAUGCUCGGUGAAUCUGUAUGUGUUUAAGUUAAUGUUAUUC